AUGUUUUUUUUUUUCUCACACCGUCUCUUGUCUCUCACUUCCUCUCUGUUCUGCUAAAACAGGGGGAAAGAGAGAAAACGGGAGAGCGUCUUUGAAAGCAUCAACAACAUCACUAAUCAGAGCGGUUUCAGAGAAAUCCCAUGGGAGAGGAAGGCAAACCCGACGCUCAGCUCUUUCAGCUUCUCUCCAAUCUUCUCCUGCAGGUGGAAGAACUGACGAAUCAAGAAGAAGUUGAGCUCCGUUCUAAAAUUGAAACCCUUGGAGUAGAGGUUACAAAAGUUCCUUCAAAGUCAACCCAGCACCUUAACGAGGUGGAAAUCGCCAAGGAGUUGGACAAAUUAUCAGCAAGAUUAGAUGAUCUUGAUGAGAUGAUAUCGACCUCAAUGGCUUCAGAUCCACAGGUGCAAUCAUUGUUGAGUGAUACAGCUGAUGUGUGGAUGCCAGUUAUCACAGCAACCUCUGAGGAAAGACGCAAUUUCACAGCAGUUACUGGGGAUAACACCGCCCAACCAGAUGCCGAAAAGUCUCAAUAGCUUCCUAUUUUCUUGGCUUUAAGAUUGGACUAUUGUUUGAAGAAGCACUAAAAACCAGUGUUUCAAUAUAUUCUUAUUGGCGUAUCAAUCAAAUAUUGAAAUUGGGAAAAGAUAGAAAAAGGAAGAUCUUACUUGUUGGGUUUUGAGCCAUUCUACAAGGGGAGAGUUGUUGAGCAUGAUAAGAUCUUUGGUGCAAUAUCCCAUCAGAAGCCGAUCCUCAUAAUCUUCACUUA